ACAGGAACGGCUCAUUAUCAGAAGCAGGAAGUCAAAUGUUCAUUUCAGGUUCUGUCUUUUACUCACUCUGUCGGUCACAUGGCUCUUCCUCCGAUGCUCUUUGGUGUAUUACUUUACAUUGCAGGAACUCUGAGCAUGAAGACAUUAGAUCAUGUAACUGUCAGAGAAGGAGAAACUGUUACAAUCCCGUGUCUGUAUGACAGUCAGUAUAAACUGAACCCAAAAUACUGGUGUAGAGGGUCUUGGAUUUCUUGCACAAUCACAGCCCGUGCAAACGAUACAGGGAAAUGGACAAUAUCUGAUUAUCCAGCAACAGAAUAUUUUUACUGUGAAACUCAGCAAUUCUAACAUCCUCAGACU